CAACCAAAAAUUUGCUAAAUUUCGUUGAAAAAAAAACGUUUGGUGCGUCUCAGUCGGCGAUAACACGACCUGAUUAACCUCCACUUAUAAACAACGCAAGAUAAUUGUCUCUAUUUUCAAGCAAAUGAUGUUGCGAGCUGUUGUGGUUAUCCUCACACUCGUACAAGUCGUGCAAAGUGAGUUGUUAUUCGAACAAGGUUUCCUCAAGUUUGUUCGACAUGGAAAACGACAAAUCUACACCAACGUGGAACACAUCGACGAAAAAUUGAUCGGAAAAAACCGACACUUGCUGAUUGUUAGAGCAAAAUGGAUGGAAGUGGUCCAUGCGAGAGCGGUACGCAACGUGAGGAGCUUGAGGGAGUUAUUUAUGGCCAAAUGUGGGAUUCUCACAAUCGAACCUGAGGCUUUUUUCAAUUUGCCAAACCUGACAGUGCUUCAUCUCGAGGACAACGCGAUUCAAGAAGUGAAAACAGGCGUUUUCAACACCCUCAAUGUCAAAAUUCUGACUUUGCACCGAAACGAAAUCAAGAGAAUCGAAAGCGGAGCUUUCGACCAAAUGCCCAACUUGUACAAAAUUAAACUGAACUCAAACCGACUCAAGAAAUGGGAUUCAAACUGGUUCAAAAAUUGCCCACAAUUGACUGAAGUUUUCCUCCGGAGGAACAAAAUUAACUACUUGCCGUCUGAAGCUUUCAAAAAUUUACAAUCACCGGAACUGAAAAUCUUCCUCAGUAAGAAUAAACUAGGGGCACUUAAUCCGGAAAGCUUUCACAAUUUAGUUGCUUUGAGUCAGUUAUAUUUAGACAGGAAUAACUUGAGCUUAAUUCCGGUGAAUGCCUUUCGUGACUUGCAAACAAUCGAUGUUUUGUAUUUAGCCCGGAAUAAAAUUGAAGAAGUGAAACUGGGAGCUUUACCAAAAAUUGCCCAAAUUGGAAUUCUAGAUUUGUCAAGCAAUUUACUCAAUUGUCUCGAUUAUGGUCUAGUUGUGAAAGCAAAUGUCACAAAUUUGGAAAAAAACCCAGGGGCUUGUGAGUGCAUCAAAAAUUUGACAGUUAAAUUAGAGCAGGAAAUGAAGGAACAGGAAGUGCAGUUUGAUGAAGACACGUGUCCGGAUUUAGUGAAAUGACCAGUAUUUUGUGAAAUAAAUUUUUAUUAACAAUAAAUAAUAAAUAUUUUUUUCAUUCGAAA